CAGCUGAUAGCCAGUAGCCGAGGUGGAGCCGAGCGCAGCGCCCGCGCACACCGUCGCCGCACGCGCCACCGACCGCCCGCGAUCGUCUUAUGUUUCCAAAACAAACAAAACGUGCUCUUUGUCAUAAAAAAUUGAAAAUCGACAAAUACGAAUGCUAAAAACAAAUGAACCUUAAAGUGAAUUCCUGUUGUCAAGAUGACGUUGCGGGUCGAGGUGCCCGGGGAUAAGCCAGUCCAUGUAGAACCGUGCAAGUGCAAACCUUAUCCAGAAAUUAAACCCGAAAAGAAAUUAAGCAGGAGUGUAAAGGAGUUCCUAAAGAAAUCAUGGGCGUUCAGAUCGAAAAUUACUGUGGAACCUUUUGUUAUAUGCUACGUUUUGCCAAGCGUGCUCGCUGGGCUCGCGGUGCAAAACCUGUGCUUAGAGAAAUCAUGCCUCGUAAACCUUGGGUACGACGAGAAAACAUGUCGGCAUAUAAUGCAGGGACGGACCUUAAAUUACACAGAGCAGGAAAAGAAAGUGCAAAAGAUGGUAGCUGAGAUGACAGCGUGGAGCUUUCCACUGCAGACCGCUCUACCAGGGAUCUUGACGCUGUUCCUUGGGGCGUGGAGCGAUCGCACUGGGAAUCGGAAGGCUUUUAUGGUCCUGCCUAUAGUUGGAAAGCUGGUAUCGGUUAUCGGUAUCAUAUUAAGUACCGUUUUCUUUCUCCAAGUGGGAUUGAAUGAGACGGCUCUGCUGGAGGGUUUGCCGCCUGCGCUUGCCGGUGGUCGAGUAGCCAUGACCAUGGCCGUGUAUAGUUACAUGACGGACAUCACGAGUGAGUCUGAACGGACUUUCCGUCUCGGCAUCAUAACCGCGAUACUGACCCUCAGCAGGCCGAUCGGGCUGGCGCUAAGCGGGAUCAUGACAAAACGUUUCGGUUACUAUGGAGUGUUUAUGGUCGCGUGUGUGUUUUAUUUAAUCGGGUUUGUUUACAUUGUCCUAAGACUGAAGGAGAAACCUAAAAAGGAGGUGGAAAGUGAUAAACAGGAGACGAUUUUGUCUGUGUUCUCUGCGAAAGACUUCGUAGCUACAGUUAAUGUGGCAUUCAUGCGACGUGAAGGGACGCGGCGGUUGCAGAUAAUUCUAAUUAUGUUUGCAUACAUGUUCAUCGUUGGACCAGUCUUAGGUGAAGCUCAAAUGACCUACUGGUUCACCCGCUACAAGUUCAAGUUCACUGAGGUGGACUACAGCCUAUUCCUCACAUAUUCCGUCCUUGUCGGGAGCGUGGGUUCGUUCCUGACAAUAUACCUAUUCAGCAAGCGCUGGAAGAUAGAGGACAGCAUCAUCGGCGUGGUGGCGUGCCUGAGCAGGAUAGCUGCGAGCCUGGUGUACGCGAUGGCGCCCAACCGAACCGUGUAUUUUCUGGGGCCUUUGCUGGACAUGUUCAGCUCUGCGGGCGCCACGUCGUUGAGAAGUAUAGCUACGAAGUUGGUGCAAGCAGACGAAGUUGGUAAAACAAGCUCUCUAAUAAGUAUAUCCGAAGCGCUGGUGCCGGUGAUAUACUCGCCGCUGUAUAGCAAGGUGUACCUCAGCACGCUCACUUCCUUUUCCGGAGCCUUCUACCUCAUCAGCGCCGCGUUGGCGGUUCCUGCUAUAAUUAUAUUAAUAGUACUGCAUAGACUUCGCAUGGAUGACAAGAAGAAAACCGAAGCCAAGCCCAGGGAACCCGAAGUUACUCGAUUUUAAAAUAUAUUUAUUGUUAUGUUUGACUAAAGUUACCUAUUAUUAUAAAAUAAGAAAUCUCAAUAAAGUAAGAUUUAUAGUAAAA